GGAGUGUUUGAAUCCUUACAGAAUUUAUCAGCUUUAGAUGUCAGUAGAAAUAUGAAAACACCAGAAUACAACCCGUAUAGAAUUCCCGUUGGUGAACUUUGUAACCUGCGUGAGUUGUCAAUUGAUCUUGUGUUGAACGCAACGUUUGGACAGCAAUUUAGGAAACUGCACAAUUUACGAAAGUUUAGAUUUGACUAUUGCCACGUUGAUAUUUUAUACAAUGAGACAUUUCAAGAUAUGCCGGUUAAUAUAAAUGAAUUCCACAUGACAACUUGUAAACAUUUUGUCGUCAUUGAAGUUGGAGUUUUAGUACCGUUUCCUCACCUAAAAGUACUAAAUCUUAGCAACAGCAAUAUUCACUAAACUCAGGCUCUCAGAAUUUUACAACCAUUUCAAAAUAAAUCAAUGGAUGCAAUUCUUUUUCGAGGAAUAACUCAUAGUAAUAUUAAACACGACCUUGACGCGUUUGUUCUUACACAGGAGAUGAUGAAAUAUAUAUCAACUAUCUGUAUAACGACCAUAGAUUUUUUUGACAAUCAGAUUAUUUCAGUUAAAAACAAUUCAAUAGUUUCGUUUAAACAUCCACAUUGCUUUGAACAUAUAAUGGCAUCAUCUAAUAGUUUUAGUAUAGAAACUUGGGCAAUUAAUCUGUUCUUGUAUGUAUUCAGGAUGACCAACAUCAAAAUGUUUGAUUUUUCCUAUUUUCCGCUAAGGUUCAAAAACCCAGUCUUCCUUGACGUGGUGACGAAAAAUAACCAUACUACAAUCCAAAGACUUGAAUACAAAGGCAGAUUAGAGACACAGAAUAUAACAGUUACGGUUCCGAACCAAAUACAAUUUGUGAGAAUAGCACAUGUAAUGGGUAGAAAUGGCUUCAGGGAAAUAAAAGUAAACGAUAGCUUCCUUCGGCAUCUUGAAGUUUCUGAUUUUGAAACAGAUGUUUUCCCAAUUUUGACUGUAGAAGGAUUUAAUAGUUUGGAGCAUCUGGAUUUGUCAGGAAUAAGUUCCGAUAUUACAAUUGGAGCUGGGAAAAUUCCACUUUUAAUCCAUUUGAAAACACUCAUCUUGAAGGAAACAAAAUUGUACCUCGUUUUACAAACUAAUUCAUCAAUAUUAAGUCUUUGUCCUAAUAUAAAGAAUUUGGAUAUAUCAUAUAACUAUAUGUGGAAAAUGAAUUCGCUUGGGCAAUUGCCGCAUUUAACACAACUCAAUAUAUCUCAUAACUUGUUUGAUGAUGUGCCUGAUGUAGUUACAAAGUUUGAUAGCCUUACUGAACUCGAUUUAUCACACAAUCAAUUAACUACAAUUCGGGAAAAUAUACUUAGUUGGAUUGAUACCCAGCAUACCAAAUUUGGAUCUUUUAAAUUAUAUCUCAGUAAUAAUCCAUUGAUUUGUUCAUGUGAUACAACAAUAUUUUUGCGUUGGAUUCUGACAACUAAAGUAAUGUUAGAUAAAAAUGGUAACUACUCUUGUUGGGUUUCUUCACUUAAAACAAUCAACUAUACCAGAAAUGUCGCUGAAGACUUUCAUCAUUAUUUCGUUGACUGUGAUUCUACCGUUUGGAUCAAGUUAGGCAUUUCAUUAUUGGUUUCUGUUUUAUCAACUUUGAUUUGUAUAACGCUAUUGUACAAUUUUAGACGGAGGAUAAUUUUCUUUUUCUUCCGGAAUAUCCGGAGAUUUGCAGAGAAAGGUCUUGAGCUGACUUUUGAUUAUGACGUUUACGUUUCAUAUUCGGAUGACUGUAUUUCUUUUGUGAAAGAAUUGCAAAAGAAGGUAGAAGAUGAAUGGGGUUUCAAAAUUUGCUUCGAAGAUAGAGAUUUUAUUGUAGGUGAAUCAAUAGCUACCGAAAGAGCUACUUCUAUUCAUAGAUGCAGACACGUUAUAUUUCUUGUCUCGCCAUCAAUUGUCGAAAAUGAAUGGACUCGUUUUGAAAUCGAGCGAGCACAGUAUGAAAAGUUUUCCAAAAAUCUGCAGAAGAUUGUUGUUAUUACAAGAGAUAUCCCUUUGGAUAAUAUUCCCGUAGAAUUUUCGACCAUUUGGAAAGAUGUACUUUUAAUUCAAUGGCCAGUCGAGAAGGAGGAAGUCCAAAUGGCUUGGCAAAAGCUUCGACUUUGGUUCUUUUGAAGUAUCUUUAAGAAUGCAAUAUCACAUUGGAUAUGUUAGGAUAUAAGGAGGCACAGUGUAAAGACCAAGGAUUAACAUCUGUUCCGACCAAUUUACCGCCUGAUAUAAAGAAAUUGGAUUUAAGUUCUAACAGACUGACCAGACUGGAUGCCAACGUAUUUCAUGAAUAUAAGUAUCUAGAACAGUUAAUGCUUGAUAACAAUGUUAUUAGAGUGUUGCAUGAAAAGGCUUUCAUUGGUUUAUCAUUAUUGAAAUAUUUGACUAUGUCUAACAAUUAUCUGAACGUUAGUGAAUCGUACCCCUCUGGAGUGUUUUAUAUCAGUUUUAGACAUUAGUAAAAAUAUGAAAACACCAGAAUACAACCUGUAUAGAAUUUCCGCUGGUAAACUCUGUAACCUGCGUGAGCUGUCUAUUGAUCUUGUGUUUAACGCAACGUUUGGAAAGUAAUUUAAGAAACUGCAAAAUUUAUACAAGUUGAGAUUUGACUAUUGCCACGUUAAGAUUUUGUACAAUGAGACGUUUUUCGAUAUGCCGGUAAAUAUAAAGGAAUUCCACAUGACAACUUGUAAACAUUUUGUCGUUAUUGAAAUCGGCGUUUUAGUUCCAUUUCAACAUAUAAAUGUAUUGAAUCUUACUAACAGCAAUAUUCACUUAACCCAGGCUCUCAGAAUUUUACAUCCAUUACAGAAUAAAUCAAUGGAUGCGAUUCUUUUUCUCGGAAUAACUCGUGGUAAUAUUGAACGUGACCUGGACGCGGUUGUUCUGACACUGGAGAUGAUGAAAUAUAUAUCAACUAUCUGUAUAAAGACCUUAGACUUUUCGGACAAUCAGAUUAUUUCAGUUAAAAACAAAUCAAUAGUUUCGUUUAAACAUCCACAGUGCUAUGAACAUAUAAUGGUAUCAACUAAUAGUUUUAAUUUAGAAACUUGGGCAUUAAAUCUAUUCUUGUUUGUAUUCAGGAUGAACAACAUCAAAAUGAUUGAUUUUUCCUAUUUUCCACUAAGAUUCAAAAACCCAGUCUUCUUUGAUGUGGCGAGAGAAAACAACCAUACGACAAUUUGAAGACUCGAAAACAAAGGUAGAUUAGAGGUACAGAAUAUAACAGUUACGGUUCCGAAACAGAUUCAAUUUUUGAGAAUAACACAUAUAAUGGGUAGAAAUGGUAGAAAUGGUUUCAGGGAAGUAAAAAUAAUAAACAGUUCCCUUCGGCAUCUCGAGGUUUCUUAUUU